AGAAAAAUUACGAACUCUCCAAAAUACAAAUGAAUAAUUUAUUUAAAUUAACGUUGGGGGAGUGAAAAGAAAAUAUAUUUUUUUUUUGUUGGUUUUUCCUCAAGAAAUGGAAAAUCGUUAUUGUUUCGAUUUGCCAGUGUGUGAUGGACCAGUUGACGUUGAAGAUUUAGAUCGUCUUUGUGUUUUUGGUCAGGAAUUUCGUGCUGCGCCACCAAAAGAAAAUAAUAAUUACAACAAUGAAAAUUUAAUUUACGAAAAUGAAAAUAAUUAUCGACAAAGGGGAUUUUGCAGUGAGGAAAAGUGGCUCACUUGUACAGUUACAGAUUGUCCAUUAUUUAAUUCCACAUAUUAUUCGAAUUCAUCGUCGACAAUUUUGCCAUGUGGCGAGAAUUUUUAUUCUUACAAUCCCUACAGCAUUAAUUGUUAUAGAGGAAAUUCCAACACAAUAUUCAAUUCCGAGAGUGAUUUCGAGGAUUAUUUGAGCAAUGAGAAGAGAAAGGAAAAAUCGAGGGAUGCUGCAAGAUGUCGAAGGAGUCGAGAGACGGACAUUUUCACAGAUUUGGCAGGAGUACUGCCAAUGACAACUGAGCAAGCUGCCCAUUUAGAUAAAGCAAGUGUCAUGAGAUUGGCAAUUGCUUACUUGAAAGUUCGAGCUUUAGUCGAUUCUGUUCCUGCUCCUUUGUCAAAACCAGAAGCUCCAUCUGAUUUCGAUGAAAAUUUCCUUAAAGCUCUGGAUGGAUUUAUGUUGGUUUUAUCCAACAAUGGUGACAUGGUUUAUCUUUCCGAAAAUGUCAGCGAUUAUCUGGGCAUAUCACAGAUGGACAUGAUGGGACAGAGUGUCUACGAAUACAGUCAUCCUUGCGAUCACGAUGAAUUAAGAGAGAGUUUAUCGACGAAAUUCGACGAGGCGGGGAAACAGUCUUGCAAUUUCUUUUUACGAUUGAAAUGCACACUCACUAACAAAGGAAGAAAAGUUAAUUUGAAGAGUGCAUCGUACAAGGUUAUUCAUUGCACGGGGCAAAUAGUUUCGACUCCACAAAUUCAAAAAUCAGCUCAAAGUGAAAAUGGAAGUUCUAAUGAGGCGAGCGGUGGCGAGGAGGAAACUGAAAAUGAAUUAAUGUCCUCACUUGUCGUGGUGGGAUGUCCUGUACCACAUCCAAGUAAUAUUGAAGUGCCAUUGGGUCGGCAAACAUUUCUCUCAAAGCAUAAUCUCAAUAUGAAAUUUACCUAUGCCGAUGAAAAAUUGGCCGAGUAUUUGGGCUGGGAAAGUAGUGAAUUAAUUGGACAGUCUGCUUUUGAUUUUUAUCACGCUCAGGACAAUGGGUCUCUUAAUAAAUCUUUUAAAUCUUUAUUCAGCAAAGGACAAUGUGAAACGAUGGCCUACAGAUUUUUGGGGAAAAAAGGAGGAUACGCAUGGGUGAUAACUCAAGCAACUCUUAUUUAUUGUUUAAAGCAACACAAGCCACUGUCUGUCGUCUGUGUCAACUACAUUGUUAGUGGAGUGGAGUGUGAGGACGAAAUUUACAGUAUUCGUCAACUUGAAGCGAGAGAAGUGUCAAUAAACGAGGAGGAGAUCACCGUUUCAUUGGACAAUAAUACACUUCGUCCACCGCUUUUGGAGUUAGUUGAUCUUUUGGAGCCGAGCAACAUUUUGGAACAACGUCCAACGCCAAAAGUGCAAAUAGUCAAACCACAACCAACAUCCGAUCCUCUCAAUCAAUUCUUGAAGGAAUCAAACAAAAAGGAAAAUCUCUUUGACAAUAUACUCGAUGAAGCCGAAGAAAAUUAUUCUCCAAAGCAAGUCAAUCAAUUGAAGGAAAUUACCGAGACAAUUACAAUUUCACAAAAUUGUAACGAAAACAAUUCUUCUGAACAGGAUAAAUCCGAAGGAGAAGAAGAAUUGGAACCAAUUUCACAGCGCAAUAAUUCCGUUUCGGAAAAUAUUGAUAAUUUCCCAUACUUUCUUCCAACAUCGCCUGUUUUUGGAAUUAAUCAGGAUCAGCUCAGUCAAUUGUCACAAAUUGGCAGACCACUGCCACAAACAGCGACAGCAAGUAUUUUUGCUCCUCGUACCGAGGACAUGAAUACGGGCUUUCUUACUUACAGUGAAGAUCAACCUGGCCUCACCAUGUUGAAAGACGAACCAGAGGAUUUGACACAUUUGGCACCAACGGCCGGUGAUGUUUGUGUUCCACUUGAGGAUCCUCCAUUCCUUUCCGAUAUGUUGGAUGAUUUUAUUCUCGAAAAUGAAAGUUACUGUCCACUAUUGAGCUCGGAACUUCAAACAGAAUUGCCAGUUGCCGAUCUCACUGAUUCAAGUCUCGUUAGAAAUCAUCAGGAGCAUUCAAUUCUUGGCGAUUCAUUAAAAAAUAAGGAUUUGGAUAUUUCAAUUCAAGAUCGUGAUCCAUUUAUUUAUCGUGAUUCGCCGAGUCGAGGGAGUUGUAGUACUGAACUUCAUUCGCCAACACUCAGCAGGAGUCCAGAGAGAAGUAUAGAUUCUCUUUGUAGUCCAAGCGGAAGUGGAAAUGGAUUUUCCGAUGAUGAAAUGCUAAUGCUGAGUAUAACGGACGUUAUGGCCGAUGAUGAACUAGCGCUAAGAGCACCCUAUAUUCCUAUGUCCGAUCAGGACGAAGCACUAGAAUUACUUAUUAAUAAUGACAUGGUCAUGUGGGGCCCAACACAAAUAAACGACAAAAAGUCCAAAUGGAAUAAUAAUUUAAUAGAAGAAAAGAAGAAUUCAAGUCUUGCACAAUUAUUAAGAAAUGAAUCGAGUGUAAGAAAAUUCAAAGAUCAUGGCGGUGACAUGGUUAAUCCAGCACAUGUUCUCGGUCAAAUUCGAGUCAAAGGCAAAGAACUCGAGUCGCAUCGACUCUGCAGCGAAAGGUCAAAUAAACGAGUUCACGGCUAUUCUACAAAGUCCGAGAACGAAUAUAAACGCAUCAAAUGCGAGAGAGCAGAAAAUUUUCAAUUAACAAAUCAGAAUGUUAUUUCGGGUAUGCAGGAAGGAAGUCAACUUUUACAUCGCUUGGUAACGGCGGAUAUGCCGAAAAAUUGGCAAAAUCAAUUGGAAAUGAGAGAACGACUGGCAAAGGAUGAUAAUAAUACAAGCGAUAUUCCGAUUCAAAAUUACGAAUUAAUAAAUCCAGAACUAUUGAGAAAAAAUAAGAUAACAAGAUUCAAUCAGAAAGGAGGAAAAAUUUCGCCGCAAUGGUUAUCAUCGAUAAAUACAACAAAUUUAAUUAAUUCGAAAAAUGAGAAUUCAAAUCGAAUUAAUAGAGACUGGCCAACAACAAUAAUGACAACUAAUUAUGAUAUCCUGCCAUUUGAAAUUCCAAAAUAUCUACAAGAAUCUGAUAUAUUAUCAUUGGACCAGAAUCUCGUCUAAAUUAUAAAAAAAAAAUAGAAACAGAAAAAGCAGAGAAAAAAAUAGAAGAAAAAGAA